AUGCUCAUCGUAGCAACCGCCGUCUUCACCUACUACACCGUCUGGACCCUGUUGAUGCCCUUCGUCGACGAGGACCACCCCCUGCAGUCCCUCUUCCCGCCGCGCGUCUGGGCCAUCCGCAUCCCCGUCAUCCUCAUCCUCCUCGGCAGCACCGUCGUCGGCAGCUUCCUGGCCAGCGUUAUGAUCCGCAGCAACAGGAAGAAGGCCCUCAAGGCGGCGCAGGCGAAGAAGUCGACAUAA